AUGCCCUCUCAGGCCACAAAGCCCCCUCUUUGCAUCACUUUUGGGGCUCCCCUCCUUGGUGACAGUCACUUCCAAGGAGCUAUAUCGGAACGCCGGAAAUGGAAUUCCAGCUUUCUGCACCUAGUCUCAAACCGUGACCCUUUUCCUAAAUCCUUCAUCUCAUCUGUCACUAGUACCUAUAAACCAUUUGGUUCAUUCCUUUUGUGUUCAGAGUCAAGUUUUGCUUGUUUCGAGGAACCCGAAUCGAUUUUGAAACUAAUGUUGGCAUUCAGCUUGGAGAGUGUUGAAAACCAAGAUCCUGAUGUGGUCAUGCAGAUUUAUGGGAGGACUUUAGAAAUUCUGAAGAAUAUGGUAAUCUACAGAGGAAUUUCAUCACUGGGUGAUUGUGGUACCAAUCCACUUCGAACAGGAAUCAUCUUACAACUACAAGCAAUCGGAGUUAUUAGAAAUCAGCAGGAGAGCAAUGAGGUGAAGGCACUGAUCACAGAAAUUGAAAGAGAGAACAUUCAGAUACGAAAGAGAAAGCCUUUUGAUCCUUCCAAAAGACUGAAUGACGUAAAAAUAAAGAUGAUGUACCUCGAAUGGUACAAGAAGGACACAGAAGAACAAGGAGGUUGCUACGACAGCUAUAAAUAUGCACGGCACAGACGUGUGGAGGAUAUCAGAAAGAAAGAAAAAAUUGCCAAGCACAAGGACGAACUGUCGGAGUACUGGGAAAAAAUGGUUGAAGAAGUGAAGCAAAUACCUCAGAAGGAGUGGGCUCCUUUUCGGACUCGCUGGCUCUAUUCAGGUACAAACUGUAGGAGGCUGAUCGAACCACUCGACAUAGCCGAGUACUAUAAUGCCGGCAAAAAAGACUACCUGAAGAAUGGAAGGGCUGAGCAUUACAUACUGUUGGAGAAGUGGCUGACCGAGGACAAACCAGCCGGGAAACCGAGAAACAAAGCAAGUAGUCUGACUGAAGAUUCUUGUUUCUGGGCACAUGUGGAGGAGGCUAUAAUUUCAUGCCGAGUGUGGAAGGAUGGAACAAGUANUCUGACUGAAGAUUCUUGUUUCUGGGCACAUGUGGAGGAGGCUAUAAUUUCAUGCCAAGUGUGGAAGGAUGGAACAAGCAUAGAAAAUAGAAGCUCAGCAAUGCAAAAUCUGAUCAAGUUUGAGAAGUACAUGAACGUUUCGAUCGAAAACUAUGCAGUCUCCCCUGAGAUUUUCUUUGAGCAAAGCAGUUUCAUGAAGUGGUGGAGAGAGUAUAAGGAACUCAUUGUCACUGGAGCUCCAUCCAAUUCUUGGUUGACUGAUUUUAUGAGGAACAGUUACCGGAGCUAUGCUUAG